CAGUUUUGAAAACGGCAUUUUACUUCAAAAAGCACGCUAACUACAACGCAAGGCAUCAGUCUUUGCUCUAGCUACAUUUUUCUUCAAAGAGGUAAAUCAAGUUACUACAUCGAAUUCUGGAGCGACCCUGUGUGUUUGUUGAUCUGUUUUUCAUGCAUGAGCCCGCACAUUGUUACAAUGAUGCAAGGGGACGACGGUGCCCAGCUCCAGUGCAGUGUCGUGGUGGAGCGCCUGAACUCCUCUGGCCAGGCCACCAAACGCCAAGUCAUCCGGAAGGCAGCUGUUCUUCUCGGUCGCAACGAGUUCCAGGAGAUAAUCCUGCGCGUGCACAACGGGAAAGUGCCCGAAAGUUACACGCUCAAAGAGUUCCAGCUUUUUACCCGGUUUGCUAAGGAUGGCAAGUGCACCGUUAAACUGCUCCCCGAAAACGUCCAAGUGCUCAUCUCUGACUGCCCACCCCACCUACUAAACAUUUUCCUGAAGACCUUGAGUAUCAAACACCAGGCCUGGCAGACUAGCAAACCUAUGACAGACCGAGAGAAGCUGAAAGCCUGUCUGCCCCGCAGCUUCGAGACCAUCAGCCCGUUACAGCAGAAGGAUGUACAGAAGGCCAAUGAGCUGAGGAGCAAAGUUAAUGCACCAGUGCUCUCUAAAGGUCUGGUAGUGAGGACUGCUAAUAAGAUGACUGGAGGACCACAGGGACAGCAGAUUAAGAGACAAAGGACGGACUGUGACUCUAGCCCAUUGAAGGCACUCCACCCAAGCAAAAAGCCCACCCUGUCUCUACCGGCGGCACGGAAGUUGAACAAAGAACAAGCCGCUGUCCUCAGUGCUGUGUUGAGUGGGAAGAAUGUUUUCUUCACUGGCAGUGCAGGCACAGGGAAGUCCUUCCUGUUGAAGAGGAUUGUGGGCUCUCUGCCGCCCAAGAGCACCUACGCCACGGCCAGCACGGGCGUGGCAGCGUGUCACAUCGGGGGGACCACGCUACACAACUUUGCUGGUAUCGGGUCAGGCUCAGCCCCUCUGGAGCAGUGUAUAGAGCUGGCCCAGAGGCCCGGGGUCCUGCAGCACUGGACUAGCUGUCGCCACCUCAUCAUCGAUGAGAUCUCCAUGGUUGAGGCCCAGUUUUUCGACAAGCUGGAGGCAAUAGCAAGGUGUCUGAGGAGGUCCACAGAGCCGUUUGGAGGAAUCCAUCUGAUAGUGUGUGGGGACUUCCUCCAGCUGCCCCCGGUCUCCAAGGAAAAGGACAAGGCCGCGUUCUGCUUCCAGUCUAGAAGCUGGCGGAAGUGCAUCCAUCUGAACAUGGAGCUGACUGAGGUGCGCAGACAGACUGACCAGUCUUUCAUCUCCCUCUUGCAGGCAGUGAGGGUGGGCAGAGUCACAGAGGAAGUCACUGCCAAGUUGAUAAAGAGCGCCUAUCACAAGAUCGAGCGGGAUGGUAUCCUGGCAACCAGGCUUUGCACUCACAAGGACGAUGUAGAGCUCACUAACGACAACAAGCUCCAGCAGCUGCCAGGGUCAGUGCGGGUGUUUGAGGCUGUGGACAGCGACCCUGCACUGGUGAAGACCAUAGACAGCCAGAGUCCCGUCAGCAGGCUGCUGCAGCUUAAAGUGGGCGCUCAGGUCAUGCUAACAAAGAACCUGGAUGUCCAGCGUGGCCUGGUCAACGGGGCUCGAGGUGUCGUGGUGGACUUUCAGCCGGGGAAACUAGGGCUCCCACGCGUGCGUUUCCUGUGCGGCACCACUGAGGCGUUGAAGCCAGAGCGUUGGAUGUUCAAGGCCGGAGGCGGGCUUUAUCUGAGCCGCCAGCAGCUGCCACUCAAACUGGCCUGGGCAAUCUCUAUCCACAAGAGCCAGGUGAGGCGUGGCAAUGACCAUGGCAUGACGCUGGACUGUGUGGAGAUCUCCCUGGCGCGUGUGUUUGAGAGGGGCCAGGCCUAUGUGGCGCUGUCUCGGGCCAAGAGCCUGGAGGGGCUAAGGGUCAUGGACUUUGACCCCCACGUGGUCCGUGCUGACCCCGACGUGCUGCACUUCUACAGCAAGCUGAGGAAAGAGAGGCUACUGUUGCAGGCUUCAAUGAAUGAGUUUGUGGGCAAAAGUAACAAGGCGAAUCGUUGGUGAGAAGGAACCGCUCAACAACCCAAACCGUGCAAACUAUUUUAAUUUAACAUUUGAUUUGUUUUUAUUUCCAUCUUUCAAGUGAUUGUCUCAGGCUGUACUUUUUUUAAGGGUAUACACAUCAUGGACUUUUGUACUACCAACAACUUUAGUUUUAUCUUUAUAUACCUGUUAUUUAUUGUCAUGCUCUUGACCAUGUGGGAAUGUUUAUGACUUUUUUAAGCAAAUAAAGUUUUAGUAGAACUAAACUGAAAAGAUUAAAAGCAUCAUGUAAAGUGUUUUCACGAGCUAAAAUAAAAGAUCCCAGAAAUGUUCCAUAUGCACAAAGCUUA